GGAAGCAGAACAUGUCUGCAGAAGUUUGAGACGUCGUCUGGUUCUCGAGGUGAGAAUUGAAAGAUUAUAAAAGUUCUGCGUGAAUAUUUACGCCGCGGUACUGAACUGUUUGGAGUAACGUAACGUACAGCAUUUCCUGAUUCUGCUGAAGUGUUGAAUAAAGCUGCUCGGUCGGAGGGAUAUUUGAGCGCGUGAGCAGGUUUUCAGCUGCACACAGCGAAGCGAACAGCUGAAGAGGACAUGUAUUUUUAGAUCACCUCAUUUCAGUUUAGAGCCAACCGUCUCGUCACAGAGCUCUGAGCCUCGGCACUUCUGAAUCAGCACUAUGGUUCGACUCUUUCAGUUCCAUGGAAAACUCUUUCAGCAUCUGAGCUGCAUGUGAAUGGUGAGUCACAUGUCCAGCGUGACAGGGAGAAGCCACGUAUGUUUUGUGAGCAGCUGGAAGCAAGAAGAACAAUCGCUGGUCAAAAUCCGGUCGUGUGGGAGUCAAGGGAACGAGUUGACUCUUAUUGUGUUUCUCAGAAGCACAACCGCACGCGCACAGAGGAACACUGAACCCUCCUCGCGCUCCGAGACAGAACCUCGUUCCCAAGCGGCUCCAUGCAGGAAGACGGCAUGAGCAGCGAGAACCCCGGGCUGGUUUACCUUCUGACAGGAGGAUGCGGAUUUCUGGGGCAGCACCUGCUGAGGGUUCUGCUGGAAAGAGAGGAGAAGGUGAAGGAGAUCCGGCUCUUCGAUAAGCACAUCGACUCCAGCCUGGAGGACUGGAGCACAGAGCGGGUGAAAGUGCUGGUCAUGCAGGGGGACAUUACGGAUUACGGCAGUGUUUUGGAGGCGUGUCGUGGAGCUGAUCUGGUGGUUCACUCGGCCAGUCUGGUGGAUGUGUGGUACAGAGUUCCGGAGAGAACCAUCCACUCCGUCAACGUAGGAGGAACAGAGAACGUGAUUAAUGCGUGUAAGGAGCUCGGGAUUCAGCACCUGGUCUACACCAGCAGUAUGGAGGUGGUCGGACCCAACGUGAAGGGAGACAAUUUCAUCAGGGGAGACGAGGACACGCCGUAUAACGUGUGUCACGACAUGCCGUAUCCCAGGAGUAAAGCAGAGGCAGAGAAACUGGUGCUGAAAGCCAACGGUACCAAGGUAGCAGGCGGCGCGUCGCUCUACACGUGCGCUCUGCGUCCCACGGGGAUUUACGGUGAAAACCACCAGCUGAUGAAGGACUUCUACAUGAUGGGUGUUCGUACAGGCGGCUGGCUCAUUAAAGGAGCUCCACAGGACACCGAGCACGGGCGCGUUUACGCAGGAAACGUGGCGUGGAUGCACGUGUUGGCAGCGCGGGCUUUACGUGAGCAUCCCGAGCGACUCGGCGGCGAAGUGUACUUCUGCUACGACGACUCUCCCUACAAGAGCUACGAGGAGUUCAACAUGCAGUUCCUGUCUGCGUUUAACUUCCGCUCCCUGUGCAUUCCGCUCUGCGUGCUCUGGCUGAUGGCGUGCUUCAACGAGCUGCUGCACUGGCUGCUGAAGCCCCUGUGCGACUUCACGCCCAUGCUGAACCGCUACACGCUGGCCAUCGCCUGCACCUCCUUCACCGUGCGCUCGGACAAGGCGCUGCGCCACUUCCAGUACCGCCCGCUGUACGACUGGCAGCAGUGCCGAGCUCGCACGCAGAAGUGGGUGGACACGUUCCCUGUGGACUCCAGCAGAAAGGCCGGGUGACCACGGGGCGCGGCAGGAGACACGAGGACGGACGGAGACGGAGUUAACACCUGAUACCAUAAUUACAAUAAAGAUCAUCAUCAUCAUCAAUAUUAUAUAUGCGCGCGCACACACACACACAGAGUGGACACAAGUGCCAGGGACUAAUGAUACAGGAAGGGAGUCGUGUCUUUGUCUUUUAGGCCUGUUUCCUGCUUAAAAUAUUUACGAUGUAAUCAUCGACUCGCUGCCAAAGGAUUUAUAAUCGCUGUGUGGACACGCCCACUUUUAAUCAGCAAGAAUGCAAACGCUUAGUAACGCACUGCUUAGUGACUGAUAUCGCCUGACAAUUAACUUUUUAAUUACUCAUAAAGUCCACAAUCUAUACGUUAUUAUGUCUCAUAAGUCGAGGAAACGGCGCAAUAUUCAGAGGAGCGUGCAAAUUUUCAAAAUCGCAGCAGAUUUUCCGCAGAUUCGGGCCGAGACGCGUCACGUGACGUCAUCGUAACGCGCAUUCAGCCAAAGCCCUCUUCGAUUCACGUGCGUCGAACAUGAGUGCAGCUGAAAGCUCUCGUUUAGCGACAACCAUCACUGCGAAAGAGCGCGCAGAACUGUUUAAGGCAAUUCGAGUAGUUUUCUGCAAAAAAAAAAAAAAAGCACAAAAAACUCUGCAGGACGCAUCGCAAAUUUUGCAGAAAAAAAAAAAUCAAGCGUUUUUCUCCGCAACAAUCACAACACAAAAUAAACCCCCGGAAUGGAUCGUCAGGGACGUGUGAGGCCAAAGAAACGUAGUAAAAGGGAGCACCGGGCGUACAGAAAGAGGGCGAGAGGGACGUUAAAGUGGUGGACUUGUGAAUGGAGAUUGUUUGGAUCCGCUGGACGUGUUGUAGUACGUUUUCCGUUCUGGAUGCUGAUUGGUCAGAAGGUACUGCUCGUUGUUCUAUACCAGCAGCUUUUAUUCCGUACUUAAGAACAUGUGGGUGGAGACGUUCUCCUGUACAACACCUAAAGAAAGAGGAAAAAAAACAUAGGAGCAAUAAAGCAGCAAGGAAGCUAUUUAUAUCAUUUUAUUACAAUUAAUUUUUUAUUAUUAAUAUAGAAGAGUCUAAAAACAGCACAGUAAGACUGAUUGUUGCACACACACACACACCGUCUCGGAUCGAUUCGUUAUUAACCAGUGUUUUCGGAGACCGAUUCACUUUUGUUAACAUUUCUUUGAUAUGUGUGCUCGCAUUAAUCCGUGUCUUUUUAUACCAGACGUGAAUCCUGCAGGUUCUGUAUUUAGAGACAGCAUUUACACGUUUCACACGUCAAGCACAAGAAGGAAAAAAAGAAAACCUCUUCCUACCUCUUUCUCUCCAUCUGUAUUAUUAAACCACUUUGCUUCUAUUCUUGUGAAAUGAUCACGUUUUUUCAGUGACGUGGCAAGAGAAGCACAAGAUUAAAGCUUAAAUCAUUUAAAAAUAUAUUUAUUAUUCGUACUGGUCUGUAAUUGAAACAGUGUAAUUACGUGAAUAUUUAUUUGCAUAAUGAAACAGUGUCAUUAAAGUGCAAUAAACAA